AUGGGGAAACUGUUGUCAAAAAUUUUUGGCAAAAAGGAAAUGAGGAUAUUGAUGUUAGGGUUGGAUGCAGCUGGAAAAACAACCAUUCUGUACAAAUUAAAGCUUGGGCAAUCCGUAACCACUAUACCUACUGUUGGUUUUAAUGUCGAAACAGUAACGUAUAAAAAUGUAAAGUUCAACGUAUGGGAUGUUGGUGGACAGGAUAAGAUCAGGCCGUUAUGGAGGCAUUACUAUACUGGCACUCAAGCUCUUAUCUUCGUCUUGGACGCUGCUGAUAGAGAC